ACACUUCCUCGACUUGUCAUUCGCGUUAGUGUGUGUUGUGUAUUUAGUGUUGUUCUUAAGUGUUUGUACAGAUUUGAAACAGACUGAAUGCGCGUGCUAAGCCGCUGAUUGGGACACAGAAGUGAAUAUUAAAGGCAUUUAUAAAGAAAUUAUUUAAAAAAAGAUCUGUUUGGUUUCUCUUCCUGAAACUCACAGAAUGACGGAAGCUUUUUCAGCGGGUGAGCAGCACGCGCGCGUCCAUAGGCGUAAAGCUGCCGGUUUUCUGGAGCGCGUGAGUGACAGUAUAGGCGGCAUGAUCGCGGGUGUCUGUCUGUUCACCCUGUCUGUCUAUCUGCUCUUCAACAACGAGGGUCGAGCUGUGCGCACCUCUCUCUCUCUGGAUGAGGGUCUCUCACAGGUUGUGUCUCUCCAUGCAGACGAGAGUUUGGAUCCUCAGAAUAACAAUCGUCUGGUUCAUAUGUCUGGCCCGCUGCACACAGCUCAGCCGCUGUAUGACCCAAACUACAGUGUGUCUGUACAUGCAGUGAAGUUAAAGAGACAGGUGGAGAUGUAUCAGUGGGUGGAGUACACACAGAGCAGAGACUUUAAAGAAAACGGAGAGACUAAGACAGAAACCACAUACACAUACAACACCGAGUGGAAGUCAGAGGUCAUUAACAGUCAACACUUUGAUAAGGAGGUCGGACACAUGAACCCAAGUGCGAUGGCGGUGGAGAGUGUGACGGUGGAGGCUCCUGACGUGUGGGUGGGGAAACUCUUUCUGUCUGCAGGUUUAAUGGAGCAGAUCAAUGACUUCCACACGCUGAGUCUUAAAGGAUUUCCUGCAUUUGAUGCCAACACGUUUCUCACCAUGUAUGAAGAUUAUUUUUAUCACAUCGCAAACCCUCGAAGACCAGAGGUGGGAGAUGUUCGUGUUCGCUUCACUUACGCCGGUCUCAGUGGUGACGGAAUGUAUCCUGGAUCCGCCCACAAGGUGAGUGUUGUGGCCAUGCAGCGGGGCAAUCAGUUAAAGCCCUUUAAGACUCGUGCUGGAGACACGCUGGAGAUCUUGUACAUGGACGAGCUGUCAGCAGAGGAGGUGUUUGCUAAAGAGCAGCAGGUGAAUGUUAUGAAGACUUGGGGUUUGAGGUUGGCAGGAUGGGUGCUCAUGUUUCUGGCAGUCAGUCUGUCCACACGCAUCGUCUACACACUGGUGGACUGGGUUCCGGGUCUCAGAGAGUUGGUAUCUGUGGGUUUGAAGGUGUUUGCCCUCUGCGUCUCAUCGUCUCUGUCUCUGCUCACCAUCGCUGCCGGUUGGAUGUUCUAUCGCCCGCUGAUGGCCGGACUGAUAGCGGUCCUCGCACUCCUGCCCGUUCUCAUCCCACACAUCAGAGCUCCGGCCAAGAAAUCACAAUGACUCUUUUAAGCCCUUAGAAUAGUCAAAGAUCUUCAGAAUGCUACGGGGUUAACAUGUGAUGAUGUGUUUGCUGGAUCUGUUGCAUUAAUGAUCAAGUUCAGGUGUCUUAAGGGUCAAGUUGUUUGUUACAUGAUCUGCUCUCAUCUGGUUUUGCUCAUUGUUAGUUCUCAAGAACUCUUGUAUUACUGUUACGUCUGAAAGAUGAUGGUUGUGGUGUUUCGGACCCGUUUUCUUCACGUACUGUAUGUUUAGUGUUUAUGAAAUACAUUUUCAAUCGAGAUGUGUGAAAAACCUGAAGAAUAAAAGCAGAUUUGUGUUUCUA